AUGGGCUGCUGCCUGGGGCCUGACCGUGCCGGGGCUCCACCGCCGGCCGCGCCCACGGCCGCAGCGCCGCCACCGCCGAACCCGGGGGCCCCGGCGGGCCCCAGCUCCGACGCCGCCGGCGACCCGGGGCCCGCGGGCGGGGACGGCGACGGCGCGUCCAGCUCGUGGGUCCGCCACCAUCCGACCCAGGACGGGACGUCGUCGAGCUUCAGCAGCUCCUCGGCCUGGAGGUCCAGGAACCUGUCCCGGGGCACGGCGUCCCUGGCCAGCGGCUCGCUGGGGGACGGGCUGCGUGGCAUGCUGGCGCUCGUGACGGCGUCCACCAGGCUCCAGCCUCGCCCGCAGGAGAUCGGGAACACGUGCGGCUUCAGAACAGUCCCGGACCUCGAGACCAUCGUCCUCGUUGCGGAGAACGUAGCUCCGUUCUCCCUGCCACAGGAGGUUCUAUCUUUCGAGCCUUCCGAGAGCGUCGUCAUCUCCCACUUCGCCAACGGCGACGAGGAGAGGAAGAUACACUGUAACAUCGAGCUGCGGAAGGACGAGGAGGACAAGCUGAACGAGCUGCGCGAGCUCGCCGCGAAGAAGGACGUGGUCGUGUCCCCAGCGAUCGCGGUCCAGGCCACGCGGUACAUUAGCGCCACUCGCGCCGAAGGCAUCGAGGUGGCUUUGGAAAGCAUGAGGCUGACGCACCAGUGGCGCCAGUCAUAUUUUGCCAAAGGGCCCAUCGCCGACUCCACGGUAGCCGCAGACCUGCGCGCCGGCACCAUCUACUUCGCGGGCCGCGACCAGGCUCUUCGGCCCACGCUUGUCAUACGCGUGGCCCGGAUACAGGGCUGGCUGAAGGAGAAGGGCGCGGAGAGGCUCAUCAGGGUGCUCGUGUUCUGCCAGGAGUAUUUCCUGCGCUACAUGGUCUGCCCUGGGAGGGUGGAGAGCAUCACCGUCCUCCUCGACCUGAAGGGGGUAUCGUUCUCCUCGUUGAACCGGCAGGCUUUGGGCGACGUGAACAAGGUUCUUAGUAAUCACUACAGGAUGCGCGUCUACAGGAUUUACAUCUGCAAUGCGCCUGCGCUGAUCAGCACGCUUGCCGGGGCCGUCAAGCGGAUGCUGACGGACCGGCAACAGCAGAAGUUGACGUUUGUGACGCACUUCGAAGAGCUCGAACGGGAGUUCGCUCUGCACCAGCUGGAGCAGGACUUCGGGGGCACGAGGCCGAGCCUCGAGGAGUACUUCCCCUUCCCGCUGCUGCCUGGUCCGUUCGAGGCUGGCUCGAGGGCUGGGCCGCGCGCUGAUGCCGUGCCGAUGGUGCACGAAGCUGUGACGGCGCUCGGCCACCGCGGGCGCCUCUGGAGCACGGACUUGAGCUCGGAGGAGAACACGUCGCUGGAGUACACCGAGAAGGCGGCUGAGCGCAGGCCGGCCCUGACCCGGCCCGCGCGCGUGCCCCUGGGGCAGGCGGCGUGCGCGGGGGGCGCGGUCGCCGGCGCUGCCCACGCCGGCGAGCUGGACGCCGCGGAGAGGGAGGAGCGGGACAGCCUCCAGCGUGCCAUCACCGAGCGCAAGGCGCUGCUGCGGAGCGCGGGGCAGAGCCUCCGCCAGCAGAGGAAGGAUCCCGAGGUCGCCGCGUGGACGUCGCGCGUCAACGGGCUCUACAACCGUGGCCCGACGUAUGCCCUAAGACUGCAGGCCCGCUGCCGCGCUCGCGCGCAUGUGCCAGUGCUCCUGCAGGAGGCCACCGCGGCAGCCAUGGCCCUCGGGCCCGACGGGCUGUAUGUGGAUUGCACCUUUGGCCGCGGCGGGCACUCGCGGCACCUGCUGUCGCGCCUCUCCGAGCACGGGCGCCUCAUCGCGUUCGACAUGGACCCCGUGGCCGUGCAGGUGGGGCAGGACCUCGCCAGCAAGGACGGCCGCUUCGCCAUCAUGCACAGGCCGUUCGGCGACCUCGCCGAUGCCGUACGGGAGCCCGUGGCGGGGGUGCUGCUGGACACGGGCGUCUCCACGCCGCAGCUCCGCGACGCCAGCCGCGGCUUCUCCCACAGGGGCAGGCAGGACGGGCCACUGGACAUGCGCAUGGACCAGGAGGCCGGCACCCCGGCCGCGGCGUGGCUGCAGACGGUGACCGCCGGCGAGCUCGCCUGGGUGUUGCACCACUGCGGGCACAGCCUGGACCCGCUCCUGUCCGAGCGCGUCGCCGAGGGCGUACUGCAGGCGCAGCGGCGCCUGGGCGGCCGGUUCGCCUCGGCGUGGCAGCUGGCCGCGGCGGUCCGGGAGGCUGCUCCGGACUUCUCGCAGGCUUACCCCAGGCUGUGCCUCCCGCAGAUCGUGUUCGUGGCGAUCCGCACUUUCCUGAACCAGGAGAUGGAGCAGCUGGACUCAGUCCUGGAGCGGCUGCGGAUGCACGGGCGCUGCGUGCUCAUCACCUUCAACAAGUGGGAGCCGGCCGCGGUGCGGCGCUUCCUGCGGGACCACGAGGAGCCAGGGCCGGCGCUGGCGGGCCGGCUGGCCCCCGAGCUCGGGGGCUACGCGGUGCGCCGGGCCGCGCCCCCGCGGCGGCCGUCCCACGCGGAGGUCUCUGCCAACGGCCGGUCGCGCUCGGCACUGCUGCACGUGCUGGAGAAGGUGCCCCGGAGCAGCGCGCCGCCGCAGGGGCCGCCCGCGCGCCCGCCGGAGUGCGCAGCUGCGGGCGCCGCCUCGAGGCUGCGGGUCACCAGAGCCAGCUGCGUCCUCCAGGUACGCACGGGAGCCACCUCGGCGCCAUCGGAGGUGAGUUCCGUGGGUGCAGGUACGCACGGGAGCCACCUCGGCGCCAUCGGAGGUGCGGCUGAGGCAAAGGAGAGGCAAAAGAGCUCGCGCUCCGAGAGCGACUCUAGCAGCCGCAGCCGCAAACGCCGGAAGAAGAGUAGGGGAGCCUCGAAGGGCAGGGCAGGAAAGGACAAGGACAAGGACAAGGACAAGGACAAGGACAAGGAUAAGGACAAGGACAAGGACAAGGACAAGGAGAGGGCCAAGGGAAAGGACAAGGCCAAGAAGGAAGUCAAGGAAGACGCAAAGGAUAAGGCGAAGAGCAAGGAGGGCAAGGCGAAAGAGAAGGCAAAGGCCGACGACAGCGCCAGCGACCAGGAUGAGAAGCACAGCAGCAAGCACAAGUCGACUGGCGGGGACAAGGCCAGCCCUAGGAGGAAAGGCAAGGAAAGGGGCAAGGACAAGGAGAAGGAGAAGGCGAAAGACAAGGGGAAGGUGAGGUCGAAGGAGAAGAAGGCGGGAGAUGAAAAGGGCAGGGACAGGACGAAGGGGGGGAAGAGCGGGGAGAAGGACAAGGCGCCCAAGGAGGAUACCGCCUCGGACGAGGACAGCGAGUCCGAGUCCGGCAGCGAGCGCAGCGGUAGGAAGAAGAGGAGGGGCGGCCGAAGAAAAGGGCGCUCGAGGUCCAGCUCGAGCAGCUCCGCAGGCAGCGGCUCGCGGGGGAGACGCGGCCGCGGGCGUCGGCGAGACAAGGAGCGCGACAAGGAGAAGGAGCGCGAGAAGGAGCGCGAGAAGGAGCGCGAGAGGGAGCGCGAGAAAGAGCGCGCCAAGGAGCGCGAAGAGGAGAGGCGCAAGGAACGGGAGCUCGAGGAGAAGCGAAGAGAAGAGGAGCGGCGGAAAGAACGCGAGGAGAGGGAGAAGCAGCGCGAGAUCGAGAGGGAGAAGGAGAAGGAGAGGGAGAAGCAGCGAGAGCUGGAGAGGGAAAAGGAGAGGGAGAGGGAAAGAGAGAGGCAAAAGCAGAGGGAGCUCGAGAGGAAGCAGGAGCUCGAGAAGGAGAAGGAGCGGGAGAAGCAGCGGGAGCUGGAGAGGGCCCAGGAGAAGGCCAGGCAGGAGGAGCUGGCGAAGGAGAGGGCCAAGGAGAGGAAGAGAAAGGCGCAGGAGGCCACGGAGGCGAAGGCAAAAGCCAAGGAGCAGGAGGCCCGUCCCGCCGCCCGUCCGCCGCGGGCCUCGCCUGCGAUGCUGGUGGUGGUGGUGGUGGUGACUAGAAUGCAGCAGCAGCAGUCGCCGCAGCCGCAAGCGGAGGAAGCGCAAGAAGGGGAGCAGCAGCUCCUCCUCCAUGGCCCCCAAGGGGCGCAAGGAGACGGCGGAGGAGAAGGCGCACAGGAGAAAGAUCAAGGAGAAGGCGAUGGCGCUGCUGGCGCUCGGGCGCAACCCGGUCCCCCAGGAGGCCGCGCCGCCCCCGCGGCAAGUGGUGCCCAUGCCCAGCAGCUACAUGCAGGAGGCGGCUCAGGCGGCCUCCAUGGGCGUGGCGCCCAGGGUGGGCUUCGGGAACGACUUCAGCACCGGCGGGGGCGCCAUGUCUAUGCCAGCGUUCGCCCUCGCCGCGCUGAAUCCGGCCGUGCAGGCGGCGCUGUCUCCACAGCCGAGAGGCGACGGGCGCUGCUUCGACUACACCCAGGGUCGAUGUUUCCGCGCGAACUGCAGGUUCCAGCACUAGGACUUUGUGAAGGACCGCGCUAG